UGACUGCCUCGCUGUGGACAGAACGAAAGACAGGCGGCAACUAACAGCGGCGGUCGCAAGCGAAAUUGUUUUUAAUAUUAAAUUCAAAUCCGAAACUAGAGAACAAACUCUCGAGUACAUCCCACAUAUAUAUACAUAUAUAUAUCAAUAAUAAUAAUAAUCAUAAGAGGAAUAUAACCAUACAUAAUCAAAGAAAACAGCGCAACGCAACGCAACGAAGCACCAACAACAACAACAAAUAUACAGCGAAACAAACGGAUAACGAAGAGCGGCGGCUAAAAAAGCAACGAACGUUGCUUUUCUUCUUAUUUUUUGUUGAUUUGUUUCUGUUUUAUUUAUUUUUUUUUUUUUUGAUGAUACAAAGAGAGAUACACGCAAGGAGCGAUAACUGGUAAAGUGAUAAACACAGAGACAGAGAUCGAUAUACAUACACAAACACACACACACAGACAGACAAACAGACGACUAAGAAAGAUGGCAAACGGCAAAGCGACAGCGUCGUUCUUCGAGAAUGGCAGCACCACACAAUUCGAAUACUGCUACAAACUGUAUCCAGAGGUGCUCAAAAUGAAGGCUGAGAAGCGCAGCAAGAAGCCCCAGGAGCUGAUACGACUCGAUCAAUGGUUUCAAAACGAGCUGCCCACGCUGAUCAAGGCACGAGGGAAGGACGCCCAUUUGGUGUACGAUGAGCUCGUUCAGGCGAUGAAAUGGAAACAGUCGCGUGGCAAAUUCUAUCCACAGCUAUCGUAUCUGGUCAAGGUGAAUACACCACGUGCCGUCAUUCAGGAGACAAAAAAAGCGUUCCGCAAGCUGCCCAAUCUGGAGCAGGCGAUCACAGCGUUGUCCAAUCUAAAGGGUGUGGGCACAACAAUGGCAUCGGCUCUGUUGACCGCCGCCGCACCGGAUUCGGCACCGUUUAUGGCCGACGAGUGCCUGAUGGCCAUACCAGAGAUCGAGGGCAUUGAUUAUACGACCAAGGAGUACCUCAAUUUUGUGCAACACAUACAGUCCACAGUGGAGCGUCUAAAUGCGGAGGUCGGCGGCGAGACGCCGCAUUGGUCGCCGCAUCGUGUCGAGCUCGCACUGUGGGCGCACUAUGUGGCCAACGACCUCAGUCCCGAGCUGCUCGACGAGAUGCCACCGCCGGGUGUGGCGGCCACAGCGGCCACAAAUGGCAAGACGACGAGCAGCAAAGUGCUCGAUGGCGAUGAUACCAACGAUGGCGUUGGAGUUGUCGAUGACGAAAGUCUUGGUGCAGCUGCUGAUGACAACAUCAAUCCGCCGUUGGCAACGAGCGCCGUCGUUGUCGGAGCUAAGAACAACAGCAACAACAACGCUUUGCAGGACGGCGACUCGAAUUUCGUGUCGAAUGAUUCCACUUCGCAGGAGCCCAUCAUUGAUGAUAAUACCACACAGACCACGGCCACCACCACGUCCACAGAGGAUGGCGAGGACAGAGGACCUUUGGCCUCUGACGAUUCCGAAAGCAAUCUUGAGGCCCCACCACAACAACACAAGAAUCAUCCCCAGCCUGCGGCAGCUGGAGUCGCUGCUGAAGUGGCUCCACAACAACAACAACAACUCAACAACAACAAGCAGCUCAACAACAAUGGCGAAACAGUUGCAACCACCACAACAACAACAACAGCUGCUCCGGCUUCAGUUGAUGGAGCUGCUGCUGCUGCUGGAGUUGAAGUUGGAGCUGCUCCUCCGCCGGCCAAUGGAAAUGGAAAAGCUGCUGCGGCGUCGGCGACAACGGCGCAGGAUGAAGACGAGUUGGAUGACGACGAUGUCGAUGAUGAGGACGAAGAAGACGAUGAGGAGGAGGAUGACGAAGACGAUGAGGAUGAGGAGCUAGAGGCUGAUGAGAGCAACAGCAGCAGCAACAAUUUGCGUGCCAGCAGGAAACAACUGCAACAGCAUUUGACAACAACAGCGACAACAGCAGCAGAUAGUGCAACGCUAACGGCGCCAUCUAUUGGCCAAAAGCGUACGGCACUGCACUGCGAGUUGGAUGCCAGCUCGCCAGAUGGCGCCACUGCUGCAGCCGCCACAGGCGCCGAUAAAUCACCAGAGCUAAAGAAACUGCGCAGCGACUGAGCUGCUCACCGAACGCCCAACCGCCCACACAACACAAUACAACACAGACAAAUACACAUACACCCAGAUCUGUUGGUUGGGUAAGGGUAACAACAACAAAAAAAACAACAACAACAACAUAUAAACGUAAGAAGAAAAAAAAAAGAAAAGCGAAAAGGAUAACACGUAUCUGCGUAACUGGUGGAAAGACACAUUGUAUGUAUGUAGUGCAGUUGAGUCGACAUUGAUUGAGAGCAAAACAUUACCUACACUUUGCCACAACAACAACAACAUUCAAGAAAUUUUACUAUUAAGCAAAAAAAAAACAACUAAUUAUACACAUAUAAUAUAUAUAUAUAUAUACAACUCACACACACACAUAUAACGAGAUCCCCACACACACAUACACAACAUACGAAACUUAACAUAGCAAGGAGCACACAGCACACCAACACACACACACACACACAUACUAGAGCAUAACGUAACAUAACGUAAGCAUAACGGAUGAGAAGAGACGUAAGAAAAGUCCCCAUAACAGAGAACCACAAAUACACAAACGCAGCAGAACCAUUUCACGUACACACACACACACACACACUGACAUAGAACGUAAUGCUAGGAGCAAGCGAGAAUCAACAAAACAAAAAAUAUUUAGUGCGAGCGAGAGGAGGCAAACAUAAGAAAAAACCAAGUAAAUGAAGUUGGAAACGAAUUGAAUGUUGAAAAAAGCAAAAUACACAAACAAAAUAGCAAAUAGCCAUACACAAAACAACAACAACAAAAAGUCCCCAAUUUGCCGCAGCGAUAACGUAACGUCAACGUAACGUCAAAACACGUGAAGAAUUAUGUAGAUGAUGAGAAAACGAAAACGGAAAGCAAAAUACCAUAAUUACCAUAAAAAUACAACAUAGUAACUAUUAAAAUCAGAAACAAAUUGAUAUUUUUACACAGUCAAAUGAGAAACGAAACGUAAAACAAAAACAAAUAUGAGAAAUCAACAUUUAAAUAUUAAAGAAAUUUACAAAUGCCGCAGUUGCCCACUACAAGAAACAUACAAGAAACGGAUGAAAGAAAACAAAAAAAAACAAUAAUUAUAAUAAAAAAAAAGUAAUUUAUAUAAGUAUUUAAAUUUAACAAUAAAUCAAAACUUGUCGCAUACAAAUUCAGAGCUCAUCGUACACCCCCUCGCCCCGCUUCCUUCAACAAGAAAAAAACACCGCCUGCCGCUUGAUCGGCAAGCGUUCUCUCUCUCUCUCUCACACACACACACAUACACAGACAGACACCCACAUCUCUAACUCCCUCACACACACACACUCAUGGAGCAUUAGACGCAGCCGUCGACUAAGCAAAAAGAAUGAAAAGAAAAAAAAACAAAACAACAACAACACACACUCAUUUGAAACAGUACGAAAUUUUUGUGGUCGUAAUUGUAAUAAUAUAAUUUAUAAUUUAUGUGUACGACGUUUUUUUUAAUACUAUAUAUAUAUAUAAUACUGAAUUUUUUAUAAUUUA